ACAAUCAGCUGUGAAAUGCAGCUGGCUGUCUGUUGAUAAAUCAAAAAAUCCAUUUCAAAAUCCAAUAGUACGAUAUGGGUAGCCAGCCAUUUAACUGUUGGCUCUUCUAAUACUUCACUUCAACCAGUCAGUAAUGGCAGUAGAAAAUGUGUCACCAGCUGUCAGCCAGAUCCGACUGUCAUAUCACAUAGUAGGAAACAUGUAGCUGACCAUCUGACAGUUAGAUCCAACCAAUCGCUAACAAUCUGAUGUCGGGAGCGGAGGAUACAGAUGCAAAAGCAUGCGAUCCUGGUUGGAACGACCCACCUUACUUCAGUUACGAGCACACGAGUUACGAGCAAAAGAACAAGUCUGGAAAGUCACAUUUGAAUAAGAGGGUUGUUCAUACGUUUUCGAUGCCCAUGGAGCGUUCCCAGUUCUCGGGGGAUGGCCCUCCGACUAGCCCGGUCUUGCCCGAUAAACCUCCUAAAGGAAAGUCAACUACACCACCUACCGAACAACCGGUCGACACCUUUGACGAUGAAAAAGAAGACAUAGAAGUUUCUCUGUCCGAUACUUUAUACAAUUUCCUAGCGGUUUUGGAAGACAUUAGACAACAAAAUGAGAAAGACAGUAUUGAAAUAAAAAAACGACUGGACAUAUUAGAGAAGAUGUGGAUCGACGGAAGUUUUCCAAAAGACGUCCAGAAGAAAAUCUAUUCGAUGUCAAUAGCCUUAACCGAAAAAAACGAAGAAGAAGUCAACAGGCUUCAAAGGGUUCUGAUGGUCAAUCACUCGAGGCUGUGCAGCAGUUGGAUGGCUGGUAUAAGAAAACUUAUAAAUGCAAAUUUGAAUCCUUAAUGCUUGAAAUAUUACAACUUUCUUCUUUUUAAAAAUAAGUAACUACCACUGUAAAUAUAUUUAGUAGCUCUUAUUUAUUUUAUUGCCUUAAGAAAGAAAAACAAAAAAUAACGUAAGGUGUUUUUAAAAUUGUUUUUUUGUACAUUUUGAUAAAUUUGAUUACAAUGAUUUAAGAGGAUCUGAAAUAAGAAAUGUAUGUUAUAAAAAUGUAUUUAUUGUGGGAGGUUAAAAUUUGUCUACUAUCAAAAAAUAAAAUAAAAGCUUGUAAACAACAAAAGAA